AUGCCCAGAGGAAAGACGACCAACCCCUCAGGCAGAUGCAAUAGGUGUGCUGGGAUUCUUUAUGUCGAUCUGGUGGAACACUUCAAGAAGAGACACAAGGGAGAUCGAUUCACCAAGGAUGAUAUUUCAGACACGGAGGUGGUGUUACUCUCCAGCUCAAAGGGCCGCUCGAUAUCUCAGCAACUCAUUGACACCUGCCCUUCGACAGCAUCUCUUUACUCUCCAGCUCAAAGGGCAGCUCCAUAUCUCAGCAACUCAUUGACACCUGCCCUUCGAUAG